GGUGUGCAUAGGGGCAGGAUUCUUGCGUCAUCAGUCAGCUGCUUAGCCAGGGGAGCGGAGUGGAAAGUGCGGAGACCAACAAUGGAGUCACUGAGUGCUGCAAAUACCAAGUUCUCCCUGGACCUGUUUAAGAACAUAACUGAACAUAAGAAAAUGGACAACAUCUUCUACUCUCCACUCAGCAUCUCCUCAGCUUUGGCCAUGGUGUACAUGGGCGCCCGGGGGAACACAGCUACACAGAUGGCUGAGGUGCUUCGCUUUAGAAAAGAGAAGAAACCUGAAGCUCCUGGACUGCAACAACAACAAGUAAAAAGUCAGCUUCCGCCAGGGGUGCUAAAGUCUCCCCUUCAUGAAGCUGAUGAUGACAUUCAUGCUGGAUUCAACAAACUAAUGUCUGAACUCAACAAAGAGGGUGCACCGUAUGCACUGAGCCUGGCAAAUCGCCUGUAUGGGGAGCAAUCUUACGAGUUUGUGGAGAAAUACAUUCAGGACACAAAGAAGUUCUAUCAGGCAGAGCUGGAGACUGUUGACUUCAAAUCAAAAGCAGAGGAUGAAAGGAUGAAGAUUAACAGCUGGGUGGAGAAGCAGACUCAAGAUAAAAUCAAGAACCUGCUGUCGAAAGGGGCUGUUGACAAUAUGACCAGUCUGGUGUUGGUGAAUGCUAUCUAUUUUAAGGCUGAUUGGGACAAGAAAUUCAAAGGGAGAGACACAUAUGAGCAGCUAUUCAAAUUGAAUAAGGUGCUUGGCUUUACGAAAGAAAAAGAACCCGAAGUUAACUCUGGACAGCAACAACAAUUACAGAGACACCAGCUUCCACUGGAUGUGUUGAAGUCUCUCCACUCCCAAACUGAUGAUGACAUUCAUGCUGAAUUCAGCAAGCUGAUGUCUGAACUCAACAAAGAGGGUGCCCCGUAUGCACUGAGCCUGGCAAAUCGCCUGUACGGGGAGCAGUCUUACGAGUUUGUGGAGAAAUUCAUUAUGGACACAAAGAAGUUCUAUCAGGCAGAGCUGGAGACUGUUGACUUCAAAUCAAAAGCAGAGGAUGAAAGGGUGAAGAUUAACAGCUGGGUGGAGAAGCAGACUCAAGAUAAAAUCAAGAACCUGCUGUCGAAAGGGGCUGUUAACAGUAUGACCCGUCUGGUGUUGGUGAAUGCUAUCUAUUUUAAGGCUGAUUGGGACAAGAAAUUCAAAGGGAGAGACACAUAUGAGCAGCUAUUCAAAUUGAAUGAGUUGGAAAAGGAGCUCACGUAUAACAAGUUCAUCGAGUGGACACAGCCUGAGAAGAUGAAAUAUACUCCUUUAGUUUUGGCUGUGCCCAAGUUCAAGAUGGAAGAGAGCAAUGACCUGGAAGAUAUUCUGGUCAAUAUGGAGAUGAAGGAUGCCUUCGAUGUGUCCAAAAGCGAUUUCUCUGGCAUGUCUCCCAGCAAUGACUUGGUGUUGUCCAAAGUGGUGCACAAGGCCUUUGUGGAGGUGAACGAGGAGGGCACAGAGGCUGCUGCCGCCACUGCUGCCACCAUGAUUGUUGGAUGUUCCAGGCCACCCCCAGAUCAGUUCAUCGCAGACCAUCCCUUCCUGUUCUUCAUCAGACACAACCCCACUCAGAGCAUCCUCUUCUAUGGCCGUUUCUGCUCCCCUUGAAGUCUUAAACUCUGCCAGUUUUUAGCAGGAGUCAUAAGGAGGAGUUAUAAGACUGUCUGCAUGUUAAAUAGCUCUGAAAUGCUGUUUUCCUUAAAAUAAUAUUUCAUUUUGAUCUGCUUCUCAGAGCUUAGACCGUCCUGCUGCAGUACAUUGUAUUCAUUCAUGUCCAUUGUAUCCUCCUUGAAGAUUAAUACUAGCUAAAGACCAUUGUUUCCUUUUUGUUCAUUAUAUUUUUCUCAAUGCUAAAAUGACAAAAAACAAGUAAUAAAAACAAGAAGCAAUAAAAUUAUUCUUUUAUUUUUUUUACCCCCACCCCCUUAAUAACUAGCACAUUUAGCAGAAAUAGUUGGUAGGUUUUCAAGCAUGAACAGAGUCCUUGCUGAAUAAAUGGUUUUGAUUUAUCUGUCAUGGGUGGGUAUAUGCAAUGUAUACACAUACAUGUUAAACACUCAUGAGUGUACACAGAUAUAAUUUUAAAAAAAUGUAUUGGUUGCUUUAAGUUUAAAUGUUGAAGAGUGGUUUUAAUCUAAGAGCUUUCAGCUGUUGAAGUAGUAUGAAUCCCUUCUGCUUUUAUUGAAGAAAGUAGAGAGGUCUUCGUAUUGGUGUGUAUGAAAAACUAUAUGAACCUGCCAGUUGUAUUUGUUGAACUUUUUAGGUUUAAAAAACUACUGUAUAUACAGGGGGUAUAUUUUCACCUUCCAUUGUAUUUUUACUGUAUUCUUACCAACUGGUCAACUAUAUUUGAGGAAUGAAUUUGGACUCCAUGCAAAUUGUUGAUUUGUUUACCUGAAAUUAACUGCAAUAAAUAAAAUACACCACCAA